UUUAUUUUCAAAUUUUUAAUAUUUAUUUUUUAUUUUAUAAAAUUUUAAAUCUUAAUCUCAGAUCUCCACCCCUUAACUCUAAACCCUAAUAUUUAGAUUAGUUAACCCUAGGAGUAUAAUUGUAUACUUACCUCUUUAAUGAAACAUUUUAGUCGUUUUUAUACAUAUGUCUAUAUUUGUGACAAAAACAUUUUUAGUGUUAUCAUAGGGUAUUUCCCAACUAAAAUUAUUAAAAUUGUGAAACAAAAAAAUCAUAUAUUUUUAAAUUAAAAUUUAAUAUGUGUCUAAAUAUAAACAUCUAUAUCUAUCUUAUCUAUUAAAAUCAAAAACUAACACCCGGAGCUAGGCGCAUGAAUCUUGGUUUUUGUCUCCAUGGCAAGUCUUGACUACGAAAGAGAGGAACAUGUAAUCAUUGAGAUGAAUCAUAUAUACUUGGAGGCUGAUGGAAGAUCCGAAGAAUAGAUGGCUACUAGAAACAAGAAGACAAAGGAGAAAAAAAAACUGAGAAAUUUCUAUGAUUCGUCAUUGUAGAGGAGUAUAUGGUUUCAGUUUCUUUUUGGGAUAAGGUAGUCCUUUUAAAGAGACAAUCAUGACUUAAUUAGAAUGUUAUCUGGAGUGUAUUUAUUAUAAGGAAAAUUGGAUAAAUAGGACACUUUGAACUUGGAUUUGUCACAUUAGGAUUUCUAGAAGAUAUUUUAGGAAAAUAGGAUUUUAGAUCUUGUAAAAUACCAAAGUACCCUUAAUUUACCAAUUAUGUUGAAUUUAAAUUAUAAAUUAUAAUAAUUUUCGUAAUAGAUUUUAAUGUUAAAAUUAAAAUCUAUAAAAAUUAAAAAAUAAAAAAAACACUAAAUGGGAAAAAAGGAGACGCGGGAUGCCGCAAACCUAAUUCCCCUUUCUCUUUGUCUUCUCCGUCGUAGACUCGUCGCUCUCCCACGGCGAUUUAGGGUUCAACGGUGAGAAGCUCUGUUCUUCGUCGGUGUUUCAUCAGCCCGUGGUCUCUACUCUCGUCUCCGUCACCAUCCUUUUCGAUCUCACUGAAGACACAACGGCUGCGAAUCGUUCUUCCUCUUCGUCGGGUCAAAUCGAUUUUCGAAGUGUUCUUCCAUCAAUUUCGCCUCUCAAUCUCACAAUUCUUCACAGAAGGUAUUGGAUUUCAUCUAUAGAUUCUCAUAUUAAACGAAAUCGAAGUGUUCUUCCAUUAAAGCUUGAUUUUUUUUUAAAAUGAUUUGCCGUGUUUCUUAAAAUAAUUUUGUUUCACGGAUUGGUUGAUAUUAUUGAAACCUUUACAUGUGUGAUGAUAUUGAAACCUUUACAUGUUGAACUAAUAAUUUUGUCACGGUUUGUAGCUAUGUCUGAGGAGCUACCGAAGAGGCUUUUUAAGGAGGGCGAGGAGCCCCGAGUUACUCAGAUCAACAACAACUGCAGGAUCGACUACAUAAUCCGAAAGUUCCAAGCGUGGCUGCCAAAGGAGUUGGAUGUCGUGAAGAAAGACCCGGUUUUUCAUCAGAUUUUUAAGCUCCAUGAGAAUGGUCUUGGAUACUCUGCGAGGGUGAUACACAGCUUCUUGUGUAGGGAGCUGGUGACUUUCUUACAGCACGAGCUAUGGUUUGUCUUUGCGAGGAGACCGCUUCGAUUCUCAUUGCAAGAGUUCCACGCCGUAACCGGGUUUGAAUGCGAUACUCACAUUUCGAUUGAGGAGUUUGAAGAGUGGAAAUAUGAUGGUGGUUUCUGGAGCAAGGUUUUGAGGAGAAAAGAUGGAACAAUUACACUCUUCAACCUGUGGACUAAGGACAAGGAAGCUGUAAAGAAAUGGAAGAAUGCAGAUCGCAUACGUCUUAUCUACUUGGCGAUCAUUCUUUGUGUGGUAUUGGCGAGAGAUGAGAAGGCUAAUAUCCCCCUGAAGUACAUCGCGGUGGUCAUGGAUCUUGACAGAGUUCGAAGGUAUCCUUGGGGAGUUGCUGCUUAUGACCUUCUCUGCAAAUCCAUAGCCAAAAAUCGUUCCCAACUGAAGGAAAAGACCACUAGCUAUGUCUUGGAUGGCUUCUCAUACGCCUUGCAGAUUUGGGCAAUGGAAGCGGUGCCAAAAAUCGGGAAGCUUUGUGGAAAAAAGCUGGAUAAGGGUUUCAAGGACGGUCCUAGAUGCAUAAACUGGAUGGGAGCUGCGAAGGUGUCAUAUGAGGAGAUCAUUCGCUUGGAGGAGAUUAUUACACCCAAGGAUGACAUCUACCCAUACAUCUCAUGGACAGGAAAUUAUGAUGUUGUCAAAGCUCAGGCGUUUCGCAGAGAUGAUGAUGUGGAGGAUGACAGAAUCAAGGUUCUGAUGGAGAUGAUAAAGAAGGGGCAUGAUUUUAGUGAGCAUGUUUGGGAAACUGAAGAAAAUGAAGUGAUUUCUUUAUCUCUCGAUGACGAAUCAGCUGUGAAUGAUGAAGCAAGCGUGAAUGUUGAAGCAGCCGAGAGUGAUGACGACUUUCAGACUCCGAAAGGAUCAAAAAACGUUGGUUCUAGAUCAAAGAGGGGUAAAAAGAGGCUUCCCGAUCGUGGUAUGGAGAAGAGAAAGCAUAAGGUUCUCGCAAGUGGCGCAAAGCAAGCUCCUUUUAAUGAAGACAUGAAGGCUUUUAUGACACAGUUGUUUGAGCACAACUUCUCUGGAAUGGAACAAAGGAUACAGAAACAGAUGGCCGAGACAUUUGAGCAGAUGCGGACAGAGCUUAAACAAUCACGUAAGGAAGCCAGCGUUGAAGUUGAGCUUGGAGAGCCUUCACCGACAAAGCCAUCGACGAGCCAGGCACCGUUGAGGAGGUCCACACGCGGGGUAAACAAACACUAGUCUUCACCAUCCUCUUCAAUGUUAUUUUGUCUUGUUUAAGUUCGUGGUUUGCGUGUCUGUUUGUUUUAUUGGCAUCUAAGUUAUCGGCCUGAAUUUUGUUGUACUUUAUAAGGUCUCGGUUUGUAUGUGUGCUUGGUGUGUAAGUGUUCUUGGUUUGUAAGUGUCUUGUUUGAACUUAUGUAAUGGUCUGGAACUUUUAUGUAAAAUAAUUAUUAAUGAUAAUGUAUUUUGGUA